CAACGGUCAUUCAGACUUCUUGUUUACCACUUGCACCUCAUCAACAAAUCUAAAUCAAAAAUGCCCAGUAGUCACACUUGUCAACCCGUCUUUGAUUAUAUCGAUGCCAACCAAGCCAAUUUGAUCGACCGGCUGAAGCAAGCGGUGGCAAUUCCAUCAGUAUCUGGUGAUGCAGUCUAUCGUCCCGAUGUAUUCAAGAUGGCAGAUUGGCUCGAUGCUCAGCUUCAAGCAUUAGGUGUCAAGACAGAGAAAAGACCUUUGGGUAAACACGUCAUGGACGGACAAGAAUUAGAAUUACCUCCAAUCAUCUUGGGGCAAUUUGGAAAUGAUCCCAAGAAAAAGACCAUCUUGGUAUACGGCCAUUUUGACGUGCAACCCGCGUUGAAAUCCGACGGGUGGAACACAGAACCGUUUGAGUUGACGCAUGAUACCGGAACUGAUAGACUUUAUGGUAGAGGAAGUUCGGAUGACAAGGGUCCUGUUUUGGGCUGGCUCAAUGCGAUUGAAGCUCACUUGAAGACCGGCACGGAAUUCCCGGUUAACUUGAAGAUGGUUUUCGAAGGAAUGGAGGAGUCAGGCUCGGAAGGCUUGGACGCCGAGAUUGUGAAAGAAGCCAAAGGCUUUUUCGCAGAUGUGGAUGCUGUUUGCAUUUCGGACAAUUAUUGGCUCAAUACAAAGACACCGUGCUUGACAUAUGGUCUGCGAGGAAUUUCUUACUUCAAAGUGACCGUUUGUGGGCCUGCACACGACUUGCAUUCGGGAGUUUUCGGUGGCACCGUGCACGAACCCAUGAACGACCUCGUACAUAUCUUCUCCAAGCUGACUAGUCCACAAGGGGAAAUCCUUGUACCAGGUAUAAAGCAGUUGGUCGCCCCGCUUGUUCCGGGUGAAAGAGAACGUUACGAAGCAAUAGAUUUUACAAACAAAGAUCUGUCGACAGCCGUAGGGGCGGAAGUCUUGCUCAGUGAUGACAAAUGUCAAACCCUUAUGGGACGAAUGCGUGAGCCCAGUUUAUCGAUACACGGUUUCGAGGGUGCCUUUUCAGCGCCUGGUAGCAAGACGGUCAUCCCGGCUUGUGUGCAUGGAAAGUUUAGCAUCAGGCUUGUCCCGAACAUGACACCGGACGAAGUUGAAUCUUUGGUCAAGAAAUACUUGGAAGCUGAGUUUGCUAAGCUAAAGUCCAAGAACAAGAUUAAUGUAGAGUCUCUGCAUGGUGGUAAACCUUGGGUCGCAGAUCCAGACCACUACAACUAUACUGCUGCUGCCAAGGCCACAGAAGUGGUAUAUGGAAUGAAGCCAGAUUACACUCGCGAAGGUGGCUCAAUUCCUGUCACCCUUACAUUUGCAGAAGCUUUGGGUAAGAGCGUGAUGCUUUUGCCAAUGGGGCGAGGUGAUGACGGUGCUCAUAGCACAAAUGAGAAGCUCGAUGUUAGCAAUUACAUCCAGGGUACCAAACUUUUGGCCUGCUAUCUACAUGAAGUGGGAGCUGCGCAGCCUUAAACCGUCCAAAAAAAAUCUCGACUUACAUGGCCGUGUCAGAUCAGUCUCCUAUCAUUUGAUCUCAAUUUGGCUGAUGCUGGGUUGUUUUCACGCUAAGGCAUGUACUGGGCAAUUCAUCAUUAGUCUCUGAUUUGUAUCAAUCUUGGACUUCCUGCUGCUUAUUAUAAAUUUUUACGUCACACGUUUACCAUCUGUGUACUUUUACCAAUGACAAUGCAGAGCUCUGAGGAUGGAUUAUGAUUCUUAACUGGGUUUAAGGAUGAUGUUAAAAAGCUCAUAUGGCUAAGAUUACAAGAUCGAGUAGGAUACAAUGCUUCAUAUUUGAGUAAUCGCAUGCGUGUCGGCGAAAGAGCCGUACCAUUAAGAAGAAAUCGAGUAAUCAAUGGAUGAUCAAGUGUAAUAAUUCUACGCCCUACCGGCCACCAAUCGAACUAGUCCAUUCUGCCGCUUUCUCGAAGCCAUUUCGACCGUUUCGAUAAUCGUUGAACGCGUCCUGGAUCUCGGCUUGUGACGUCAUUACAAAUGGUCCGUAUUGGACGACGGGUUGGUUCAAAGGUUCGCCAGCAAUGAGUACUAGUCGGACUGGGUUUCCGUUUGGGUCAGCGUUAGUGAUCUCAACGCCAUCCUCAUCAUCAUUUGCAGUCAGUACUGUGGUAUAGAACGCAUCUGCUGUUUGAGUCGGACUUGUUCCAUUUCCCCCUCCGAAGCCAGCCCUUCCUUCAAGUCCAUAAACAAAUGCGUUCCAUCCUUUAGGAAGAGCUUGAAAAACACGUGAGGAAGGAUGAGGAAGUCGAAUAUCAAAAUACCAACAACCACCUAAAUGUCUUACAGGACUCUCGAUACCAUGUGAAGAACCACUAAUGACUUUAACAAUUACACCAUCAUCAAGUUCGACUUUAGGAAUUUGAUGAUCUUUUAAUUCUUGAUAUUGAGGUGGUACCAUUUUAUGAAUCUUGGGUAAAUCUAUCCAAAGUUGUAAACCAGUUGGAUCUGGUCCACCAUUUUCAUGUACUGGCAUCUCUGCAUGUACGAUUCCUUUACCUGCUAUCAUCCAUUGUAAAUCUCCUGGUGAAAUUAAACCUUUGUGUCCUGCAAAAUCUUCAUGUUUGAAUUGACCUUCUAACAUAUAUGUCACUGUUGCUUGACCACGGUGAGGAUGAUCUGGAAAACCAGCACCGACUCCAACUUUAAAAUGAUCGAGCAUUAAAAACGGAUCAAAGUUUCGUAAAGUCUUAGUACCAAUACUACGACGAACAACUGCACCAGCACCUUCAGCUGUUUCAACAGCCAAAACAGAUCGAGAAAUGGUACGAGAAUUACCAAUUGGUAAUGAGUUGGCUUUAUGAUGUAAUGAAGUGUUAGUUGACAUCUUGAGAUGAAUUGGAUGAUGGAUUAAUUGAGGAAAGAAAGAAAUGAUAGAUAGUUGACGAAAGUUUACAAACAUGCGAUUGGGAUUGAUCGAAAAAACUUAAAGUG